CAGAGAUCCAGAGAUUUAUCCAGAGAUGAUCCAGACCAGGGAACUCAGGUACCUUCUGCGGGAGAGGCGAUGAGUGGUCGCGCGUGGUGCAUGUCCAGUACCUUAGCAGUGGUGCCGCACUUCAACCCCUCAUCACCACACCCGGGAACAGGAAACCUCCCACACUCCUGACAGUUGAGACUAAACGACACGAGACGACACGCGACCGCGACGGUGACCGCGACGGGGAAAGACGGCACGCGACGGGGCAACACGACACGAGACGAGACCAGCCAGAAAAGACGCCUUCACUGACGCUUCUCCCACUCGACGACGCAAGCAUCAUCAAGGAGGUUCCUGACCUUACAUAGGUACCUAUCCAAUCAUCCAUCUUUCCAUCAACUUCCAUCCCGAAGGGAGGUCGACCAUGUGCCGUUUCCUCAUCUACUCCGGCCAGUCGCCCAUCCUCCUCUCCCACCUCAUCACCAGCCCCACCCACUCCAUUCUCACCCAGUCCUACGACUCGCGACUCCGCCUCGACACGACACGCCCCCAUAACGGCGACGGCUUCGGUGUGGGCUACUACACCGCCGCGAGUGGGCGGACGGCCGGGUCCAGACGACACGGGCUAAGCAAUGACGCGACGAGCACCGCCGCUCACUCCGACUCCUCUCCCUCUCCCUCGGCCGCCGACGGUGUAGAUCUGGGCCCGGAGCCCUGCAUCUUCACUUCCACCAUCCCAGCGUGGAAUUGCAGGAAUCUGGAACGACUGGCGAGCAAGACGGUUUCGCCGCUCAUCUUCGCGCAUGUCCGCGCCAGUACCGAAGGAGCGCUCUCCGACUCCAACUGCCAUCCUUUUGCGAGAGGUGCGCUGAUGUGGAUGCACAAUGGCGGGAUCGGAGGCUGGAAGCUCGGCGUCAAGAGGAAGCUGGUGAGUGAUGUGGAGGACAAGUGGUUCAACGUGGUACAAGGUUCCACGGAUUCCGAAUGGGCGUUUGCGCUCUUCCUGGACACCUUGGAGAAGUUCGGGGGCGUGAACCCCGACGACGAAGAGCGGCAGCGCCAUGGAUUUGGCCAUAGCGUAUUGCGGAAGGCAAUGCUGAAGACGAUCGAGAGGAUCAAUGGCUACAUUUCUUCCUUACCCGAGGAAAUUAAGAACGGAGAGGAUGUGCGGAGUUUGUUGAACUUUGCCAUUACAGACGGGAAGAGCGUGGUGUGUACACGAUACGUUUCCAGCAAGACGGACGAGGCUGCGAGUCUAUUCUUUAGCAGUGGUACAGACUGGAAGCCUCAGCCGGAUAAGGAUGGCAUAGUGGGAGCACGGCCACAGGUUGGAAAAGGAGAGUAUAAGAUGGAGCGCCGAGACAAAGGGGCAGAUAUUGUGUUGGUGGCAAGUGAGCCGCUCACCUUUGAGCGUGAUAACUGGGUGACGGUGCCGACGAACAGUGUGGUGACGAUUCACAAUCAAAAUGUGCUCAUUCAUCCCAUUCUGGACGAGCACUACAACUUCACGCCCAGCUUCCAGAGAAGUCAGCAAUUUGCUGCGGCCAAGGGCCAGACGAUCGGAGACGGCCUUGCGGAACAACAAAGUAACAAGGCGGCCAUUGUGAGAGAUAGCUCCGUCGAACCGACCAUGUGCGGCGGAAGAGCCAUGGCAGUAGGCGCUGCAUGCUGAGCGGAGCCGAGAUGAGGUAGUGGCUCUAUCUCUGAAAGUCGAAAAUGGCAAGCCCAGCGCGGAGGAUGGGGGCUCAGAGGCAGAUUUCUCAGAUGCAGGAGAGGACACAGCAGGCCUGUCUUGUAAGUCUUGCCACACAUACCAAUGACGAGGGAAAAUCAACAGCUUUACCUCCAGGAGGUAGGGGAUUGUAGUAUACUGUAGUUGAUAGUGCAUAUGUUGCAUAAAAUAAGCGUGUUUUGUACUCC